AUGGUGGUGGCGACGGCGGCGGUAGUGGCAGUGGCGGCAAUAGAGAUUGUUGCUCUUGAAAGCCCCACGUAUUCUAUGAAAUCCUCCCCUGGGAAUCCUCAAGAACUUCAGAAAGACCCCCCGGAUAUUUCGGAAGAAGAUACCCUAGGAUUUGCUGGACAAGAACCCCUGUACGAGCUGACAGAAUGCGAGGAGGACGCAACAAAUUCGGCCCCAUGUACAAACGAGACCGGGCACGGAAGUUACAACAAAUCCGCCAGCGGCACUACCCACACGGCGCUCCGUCGCGACCACCGCCGCCUGUCCACUCUAAGAGGCGAUUUAAACACUCAAUGCAAAAAUAAAAAUAGUAGUGAUAGUGAUGCCCAUCUACGAUCACACAAGGCAACGCUCAGGAAAUGCAAAAACGAUGCCUUGCGUCGUUUUGAGCGA